GAGCAAACAUCUACUUGAAGUGAACAUUUGCAAAGACCUGGUCAGAGUGAAGGAUUAUUUCAAGAGACGAUGGAUGGCGUAUUCUGAAGUGGGAAAAUGUCUAGAAGUGAAUUUCCGUACCUCUUUUUAGGGACUUUACUCUUUUUGGGUGUAUUACAAGAAUCAAAUGGACGAGUUGUUUUCACUGGCUUACCAAAUACAGUCAAUAAAGGUACACCUUAUAUUUUGCCUGUCAAUGUUACCACAUUUCAGGUUUCUACACCUGGCACUCUGCUUGGUAAUCCAGUCAUAAUCAACUCCAAUCCCCUCACUCAAGCCUUUGAAGUUUCAUGUACGGGUUCCACACAUUGUCAGGUCAACAUGAUUAAAAUUCCACAGACUACAGAGGUUGCCAUCAAUUUGCAGAUAUUUGCUCAAGAUAACAUGGGAAGUUCUGCAAUGCAAGUACUUUCUGUAUUUCUGAAUGUUGGAAAUAAACCCCCUAUUUUCUUGGACAAUAUGGCUGACCAAGCUGUGAUAGUAUAUAUUACUGAAAAUUCUCCACCAGGAUAUGUUUAUGGUCCACUUGUGUAUGAUCUUGAGAAUGAUCCACUCAAGUAUUCAAUGUCUCCUGCAUCAUCUGUAUUUGCUAUUGAUCAAUCUACUGGAGCUAUAACAACAAGCAAAAUAUUUAAUUAUGAGACUGACCCACACAGUUACACUUUGGAAAUCAUAGUGACAGAUGGUAUAAAUACAAUUAACGGAAGUUUACUUGUGUACAUUUUGAAUACUAAUGAUGAACAACCUUAUUUUACAAUAAGUGGAACCACAACUUCAAUUCCAGAGGAACAGCCCAUAGGAACUGUGGUUAAAAAUGUGACAGCAAUAGAUCCUGAUGACUUUAAUUAUCUUGGCUUCCUCCAAUAUUCCAUAAGUCCUAUAGAAUACUUUACCAUUGAUCCAUACACAGGUUUAAUUAAAGUGGCACAGCGGAUUGAUAGAGAAGCCAAGCCUCUGAGACAGAAUCCAUUGAUAACAGUCCAAGUAACAGUUAUAGACAGUCCAACCGGAGGCCAGUCAAACACUAUAACACUUACAUUUAACAUUACAGAUAUUAACGACAACCCUCCUAUUUGCAAUCCAGAUACAUACAGGGUACCUCUGCUUGAGACAACCACUAUUGGUGCACAGGUUGCAAGAAUAACGUGUACAGAUAUUGAUGUUGACCCAGCAAACAACCAGUUUAUAUUUAAAGAUUUAACAUGUUCCGGAUGUAAUGAUUUCAUGUAUGCUCUAAGUCCACCUAGUUCAUCACUUAUUGUGCUAAAUGGAAGUCUUGAUAUGGAAACCACUAAGUUGUUAUAUUAUGAAAACUCACUAAGUGUGACUGCCCAAGAUGUGGCAUAUCCAUAUUUUCAAGAUUUUGCAUAUAUUUAUGUUACAGUUAUUCCAGUUAAUGAGUAUGCGCCUCAAUUCAACCGAAGUUCUUACGUGUGUAAUGUUUCAGAGUGUACAAAUCAGGGUGCAUCUGUUACACUAGUGACUGCAACUGACAAGGAUAUUCCAAAUACUGGUAUAACAUACUCAAUUGAGUCUGGAGGAAGCACCUUUGAUUAUAGCAAUAUAUUCUGGAUAAACCCUUCAACAGGUGAAAUAAGACUUGUGGCAAGACCAAACUAUGAAAUUACUCCAGUUUAUGUUCUGACUGUAAUUGCCGUAGAUGGUGAUCCUAUAAAUCCUUUAACAGGAACUACGACUGUAGCAGUGAAUAUUAUUGAACAAAAUGAUGAACCACCAGUGUGCACUCCAAACAAUUAUGAACUGAUAAUUCCAUAUGACCUCAAGACAGGAGCAAAUAUCCAGUUCUUCAAACUUACCUGUACUGAUCUUGAUUCAUCACCUAAAGCCUUUCGGUAUAGUAUUAGUUCAGGUAACAUUAACAACCACUUUACCUUUUCACCAACACAAGGUUCAAAUAUCACAGAACUGAUUUUAUCACAGCCAUUUAAUUACGCCAGCGGUGUUGACAAAGACUGGAAUUAUAAACUUCUAGUCUAUAUAACGGAUGACAAUCCUCCUUAUGCAAGACCAGGGUGUCCAGGAAUUGGAACUGUCACAAUAUAUGUCAGUGUGGUGAUCCCAGGUCUGACCACCAGAACAACUACUACUCCUCCAAGUAUUACAUAUAUUGUUAAAAAAGAAAAUUCCUAUUCUUCAUCUGGCUGGUAUAUCCCAUUUGUCAUAGCUCUGGGUGCAAUGAUCCUGCUUGGAAUUUUGGGAUAUUUGUUCUAUCACUGCAUUAAAUAUCUUUCCAAAAAGGAUUGUUGUGUACCAAAACCUGAGAAAUAUAAAGAGCCACUAAUUCCUCCAUCAGAUGAUGGCAUUAAAAAGGAAGUUGUAAUGGAACUGACUAAGAUCAACACUGUCUUUGAUGGAGAAGCUGUUGAUCCAGUCACAGGAAAGAUUUAUGAAUAUAAUACAAAAUCUGGAGCUCGCAGGUGGAAAGAAACUCAGGUGCUGAAAGAACCUCAGCCAGUUCAGCCUGAGAGCAGCGUGCUUGUCAUCCCAGCAGUUCCUCCUACUGCAAAUCUGGGUAAGGAGAGAACAGGAACCGGCAACUCUAAAAGACCAGAGAGUAAGGGAAGUAAAAACGGAGAUGACAAGAACACUGUGCAUCCUGGAAGCCAGAACCUUCUGCAGAAACCAGAGGAGGUACCCCAGGAAAGAACUUCAUCACAAGCAUCUAAAAAAGAGAAAAAUGUCGAGCUUUACUCAGGUCAGAAAGAUCCUGAAAUGUCAGAAGUAUAAAAAUAGCUGAAUCUGUUUGUGUUUUAGUCCUUCAGAGGGGUAAUAGACAGAAAAAAAAAGAAGUAAUUAACUAGACUGAUGCACUAAAGCUAAACUCAUAAAGUCCGCAGUGUGGAUAAAGUCAAGAUUGGCAGCAAAUGUGAGUCAACAUGUCUAUAGACAGACACCAUUGACUAAUUUCAUGCACAUCCAGUGACAGCUCUAUCAUAAAUGGAUAGUAGCCUGUUAAAUAAAUCUCCCCAACUAUUCUGAUGAAAAGUAUUAUCAGUAAUUCUUUACUUAAUAUAUUUUAACUCCUAACUUUAUAGUGCCUUAUACGCUUUUGCUAAAAUGUAUUACCAUGGAUAUUUUAGUAUUUGGCACAGCUGAGCUUUCAGAUAGCCAAACAAGUUUAAUGGAUUGAUUGCUCUCCACUUGUUUGUCAGAUUUCUUACAUUCUUAGUAUUAAAUGUUUUUCAGGCAGAGAAAUGGAAUCUGCAUUUAUAUCAUAUGAUUAAAAUGCAAUUUUAUGAACCUUUUUAAAAUCAUUGUGAUUGUUAACAUGCUUCUUUUGAAAGCUUUUUUAAAUGUUGAAAUAAACACUUCUUGUCCAUAAUGUAUUUACGGUAAGAGGGCAGCAGUUCUUAGCCUGGGGACUGACACAGAGUCUAAGAGUAUGGGAAAAUCUUUUGAAAAAUGUAAAAUACACCUGAACUACUGUGGAAUUGCUCUCCACAUCUGAGUAUUUAAAUGGAAAUGCCUACGAGUGGCACUGUACACUGCCAGAGCAGAAAAGAUGUGGUCAUACUGAAGGGAGAAUUAACAAGAUGUGCCCACCAAAACCUAGCAGGGAAAAGGGUUACGAACUGCUGUUGUUUCUUUAGUUUUCCUUUGUAUGGUCCACUUUUCUCUUAAUUUACUGCAUAAACCAAUAUAGCUGAAAUGCUUUCAUAAGAGACAAUUUAUUUUAUAAUACAAUAGGAAUGAAAUACUGUUCUGAUUAAUCCUUACUUAGGUUAAACUUGUCUGUGUAAAGCAAGCAAAUUUGUAACAUGGAAUGAAAGCGUUUUUUGUUCUGAAAUUUAAAUAAAAGCUUGUAAAUU